ACCUCCACAAGUAAUUGCCAGAGGAGUAGGAAAAUCUGUGUACUGUUCCCAAGAACAAGGUACCUGGUGGUAUAUCUGUAUAUCCAUCUGUAGACUGUCCUAAAGCAUAAAAACUCUGCAAUGGAAGACCAUUCAAAGGAUGGAGGAAUAGGUAUAGGAAUAGGAAUAGGAAUAGGUUCUUCCUCCACAGGAGGAUCAAAAGAUCCAUUCUUGUGGCUGUUUGCGGCCAUUCCAAUGCUUACAAAAGAUGCAUAUCUCAAGGCUUGUAGUUUUCCUCGCAUGGAGUUUUCUGUAUGGUCUUUAUAUAUGGCGGCGCUCGCCGGCGCCGCCGCCGUUUGCAUGGUGUGGUUGCGGCGAGGAGGAGGAGUUGCACGGAAGGGGAAAAUGGAAAUGAAGGGAGAGAAACGUAUUCCAGGCCCACGGGGCUGGCCCCUGGUGGGAAGUCUUGUGCAUAUGACCAGGGGCCUAGCGCAUCGUAACCUGGCACAACUGGCCACAAGUCAUGGUGCCACAAGGUUAAUGGCGUUUAGCAUGGGAUUUACACCGGCUGUCAUAACUGGAAGUUGUGAUGUAGCGAGGGAGAUUUUGAACUCCCCUUGUUUUGCAGACCGGCCGCUUAAGCAGUCCGCUAAGCAGCUCAUGUUUGAGAGAGCUAUAGGAUUUGCUCCCAGUGGAGAUUACUGGCGAAUGCUGAGGAGAAUCUCUGCAACUUAUCUUUUUUCCCCGAGUCGGAUUGCGGCCCAUGGGACCGGCCGCCAAGCAGAUUCGGCUGUAAUGGUGAGGCGGAUCAGAGAAGAAUGGGCUGUUCAUGGAGCUGUGAAGCUCCGCCCACUUUUGCAAGAUGCUGCGCUGAAUAAUAUCAUGGGGAGUGUGUUUGGAAAGAGAUUUGAUGUUGAAAAUGCAAGUGAUGAGCUUGAGGAGUUGAGAAAUAUGGUGCGGGAGGGAUUCGAACUAUUGGGGGAGUUUAACUGGGCUGAUCAUUUGCCCUUCUUGAGAUUGCUGGAUCCUCAUAGAAUUCACAGCCGUUGUGCUAGGCUUGUGCCCCGGGUUAAGAAGUUUGUGCAGAAUAUCAUAGAUGAGCACCGUUGCAGGAGAAUGAAGGGUGAGAUAUGUCCGUCAGUUGACGCUGACUUUGUCGACGUUCUGCUUUCGUUGAAGGAGGAGGAUAAAUUGGAAGAUGAUGAUAUGGUCGCUGUUCUUUGGGAAAUGAUCUUCAGAGGCACGGAUACAACGGCACUGCUCACAGAAUGGAUAAUGGCGGAAAUGGUGCUGAACCCAGAAGUACAACGUAAGGUGCAGGAAGAACUGGAGGUGGAGGGGGCACAAAGAACUAGAAGCAAUGGGGGGUGUGAAUGGGAAUGGGACGUGGUGAAGUUGCCGUAUCUGCAAGCUGUGGUAAAAGAGACAUUACGAAUCCACCCGCCUGGCCCACUUCUGUCGUGGGCCCGAUUGGCAACGCAGGACGUGGUAAUAGGCGACUCAUGGCGUGUGCCGGCGGGUACCACCGCUAUGGUAAACAUGUGGGCUAUAACGCACGACCCCACCAUCUGGCAUUCCCCCUCCACGUUCAUGCCCCACCGUUUCUUGCUGUCGGAAGGAGGCCAAAACAUCGACCUGCGUGGGAACGACCUUCGACUGGCACCUUUCGGUGCCGGUCGACGAGUCUGCCCGGGAAAAGCUCUCGGCCUCGCCACUGUCCAUUGCUGGGUCGCCACUCUGCUCUAUCAUUUCCACUGGCUACCGGUUGCCAGUCACCCCGUCGACCUUUCAGAAGUCCUCAAGUUGUCCUGCCAAAUGGCUAAGCCUCUUGUAGCGAAUCCUUUGCCCAGAAAUUUGUCUUAAGAAAGGACUAGUCUCACUUUUCUGUCUAUUUUUGUUAUAGUUUAGUUGUCUAUGUAGCGGGUCUUUAAGGGACCCUAUGCGGACAACUUAAAACACACACACUAAGCUUUGACUUUUAGCUUAAAGGUGUGUGGUCUUUCUAUGUAAUUAUUUUGGUUCAGUUAAUGAUAUUAAAUUUCUAUAA